AUGUUCCAGCCAAUACGACAUCUAGCUUCCUCCGCCGCCGUUCCCUCCUCCUUCUCUUCAUCUCAGACUCACUAUCAACUACUUGGUGUCCCCAUAAAUGCCAGCAUAAAGGAGAUAAAACUCCAGUUCAAAAAACUAUCCAAAGAAUACCAUCCCGAUUUAAACCAACAUUUAGAUGAUGAGGCCAAAAAGGCAAAUGCUAUAAAGUUCACGGCUAUGGCAAAUGCGUACGACGUCUUGAAAGAUGUAAAACGUAAGAGAGAAUAUGACCAGUCUAUUCACAACUCACAUAGAGGUUUCUCUUUUCAACGACGAGAAGAAAACGCAGAGUAUAACAAGUAUUAUGGAGAGGCCAAGUACUAUUCAAGAAGCGGACUGCCGAUGAAUGCUUCCGGGUUGAAUACGAAACGCCACAAGAUCCGCUACCACAAUACUCCACACGACACAAAUCACUCGAAAUUCUCAGGGAGACACAUAAACUAUGGUGAUAAAUAUGAUGUGCCUCACUUUGAUUAUGAUAAACACUUGAAUAGAAAUCUAAAGUUUGAACAAAGAAUAAUUGAGAAACAUAUAGAUCGAAAUACCAGAGAUAGGAUUUUAAGUCAAUUGAGUAAAUCUGGAGAAACCGUUUCGGAAGAAUUGAAAACUAAACAUUUAUUAAGACAUGUUAACAUGUUGAAAAAUGAGAGUGGUGGAAGCAAUAGUAGUAGUAGUAGUAGUAGUGGUGGUGGUGGUAAUUAUUCAAACGUGAAAUAUGGUGCUUCUUCAACAUACCAAGGGGCAAGCGCAUACCUGAACUUGUAUCAAAAACCAACAAAUCACGAUAACGAGGGUUCAAUGUUUAAAGUCUUUGCUGCAUUAGGAGCUAGUACUUCCUUAUACCUUCUAUAUAAAGUAAUCUUUUAA